AUGAAUUCAGCCUCGGGUCGGGCGGGCAUCAUCCGUGCCCGGGAUGAUGCUGGCAGCAUGGAUAAACUGGCGCAUUCGGUGCUCGAUGACAUGCUAUACAACAUCGUGUCGGACCUGUUGAUGAAGACGCAUCGAGAGGAGAAGACGGCGAGGGCGACAACCGCUGCCAUUCGAGUCGAGAAGCUGGCCUCGGACGCCUCAGAGAGCUCGACCCCCGACUCAGCUCCCGACGUGCGAAUCGAGACGGAUGCUGCCAUCUACGAGGACGGCAAGGUGCUCCUAAAGGGUAACCCUCUCAAGACGACGGCGGAUAUCCUGUGUCCCCGAUGCCAUCUGCCGCGACUGCUCUAUCCUACCGAUGGCAAAGGCGCCCGAAAGCCCGACCCUACGAUUGUCUACUGUAAGAAACACCCCUUCAUCGAGAAGCCCGGGUGCGACAUCUACGGCCAGAGCUGGGUUGGACCGGGCCCAGGAAGGGGCAAGAAGAAGAAGGACAUGGACAAAAAGGACGGAUCGGAUGCCCCCGAGCAGCGCCCUCCCAAUGUUCUCUCGUUCCCUUCUGCAACCUGCAGCAAGUGCAAGAGAUGCAUCCUGGUUACACGGCUGAAUAAUCACAUGGGGUCUUGCAUUGGCAACAGUGGCCGCAACGCCAGCCGAGCAGCCGCUCAGAGGAUGAAUGGCAGCGGUUCCCAGAACGAGCCGACGCCUCCUCCUUCUCAGAAGGCUACUCCUACGCCGACAUCUCGGGCACAGAGCCCCAGGAAGCGAGACGUGAGCGACGACGACGACGACUCGGAAACCAGUCACAAGAAGAAGAAGAUUAAGCACAUCCAGACGAAGAAGGUCAUUAUCAAGACGAAGCCCUCCUUGAAGAAGGACAAGAUUAAGAGCAGCUCGUUGAGCCAGGAACAAAAGGCUGAAUACGACGUGCCUUCGCCCAAGGUGCUGAAUAAGCUCAAGUCCAAGAAUGAGAGCCCGAUCAAGAAACUCAAGGUGACCAAGCCAGCCUUGAGCUCGCCCAUGUCGAAGAACGGUCGGGAUAUUGAUGGGGAGUCGGAGUCGUCGGGAACUCUCUCCUCACCACCUCGCCAUUAA